AUGUCCUUUUCUUCUUUGCCGGAUCUAUUUGGACCACACUCCGAAUCGACCAUCCUCUCCGCUUACCUACUCUUCGAGGUUUGGCAGAGGCGGUUCUGGAGGCGUCGUUUCGUCUCCUCCACUAGAUACUACCUACAGAUCUGGUCGAGAUCUGGUUGGGUUCCAUUGCUUCAAACCGGUGUUCUUGUUCCUGCUCCGGCUUCUCUGAGGCUGCUCAACAGUGAUGGUUGCGCCUUAUCGGUCUUUGUUGCUAUUUGCUAA